GAACCCUUGCUAACAUAGCCCUUGUCAACAAGGCCGAUGUGUUGUUUAUACAAAUGAUCCAACAAGUUUCAUACCGUGUUUCUGGAGUAUAUCUGGGAAACCGGGUUUUCAGAAAUACCAUCCGAAGGCACUGCGUAUAAAAACCUUGUUGCUGUUUUUGGAGAUCCGUAUUCGUAGUGACUACAAAGUAAUCAUUAGUCAAUUUCGUUAAGGUAAAAGAAAAGCAGAAGUGGGUUUGCAGCGACAGAUAAGUGGAAACAGAAAACCGGUUUUCGUCGAUCCUGCUCAAGAAUCUUUGAGCGCAGCGAUUGUGUUCGGUCAGCUUUUGGUUCGCAAGUGCGAUUUAGUUCUUAAAAAAACAAUCAUGAGUUCUCUCGAUACAACCAGAGCAGAACUAGCAUUGCUAGUGUUGUAUUUGAGCAAAGCUGAAGCAAGAGACAAGAUUUGUAGGGCUAUUCAAUAUGGCUCUAAGUUUAUCAGCAAUGGUGAGCCUGGUCCUGCACAAAAUGUUGACAAAACUACAAGCCUGGCAAGGAAAGUUUUUCGACUUUUAAAGUAUGUCAACGAAUUGCAUGGUCUUCUUUCUCCAUCUCCAAAAUCAACUCCACUUCCUAUUAUACUUCUCGGGAAGUCAAAAAAUGCUUUGCUGGGAACAUUUUUGUUCUUGGAUCAAAUUGUUUGGGCAGGAAGGACCGGCAUCUACAAGAACAAGGAACGAACAGAUUUGAUUUCAAAGAUCUCUCUCUACUGUUUCCUUGGUGCAAAUGUUUGCACUACAUUGGUAGAGACUUCAGAGAUUGGUCGUCUGAAUAUAGCUAUCAAAAAGCUGGAGAAAGAGCUUAAAAAAGUAAAAAAUAGUGGUGAAGAAACGAAAUUGGAAGAGCAACGUCUUUUACAGCUCAAGCAGUCAAAUACCAGGAAGUUAAGUCUGGCAAAGGCUUCUAUAGAUAUAAUCGUGGCAAUUGGUCUGCUUCAGUUGGCACCCAAGAAAGUCACACCACGUGUAACAGGAGGCUUUGGAUUUAUUACUUCUCUCAUCUCUUGCUAUCAGUUGCUGCCUCCCCCAGCAAAGGCAAAGACAACCUAAAGGCUAAAAGAAAGCACCGUUAGGAUUCAUGGAUUUGGGGAAGUUCGUUUGUCAUAGUUUGAUAGAUUGUUGGCUGGCUGUUUGGGUUAAUGAUGAUAAGAUGCUUCGACUGUAAUAAAAUGGCUAUUUGAGACAUUGCUAAUUGGUUUUAGAAACCUACGCUUAAGUUGUACUAGUUCUUAUGUAAUAAAAUGACAUUGGAAUUCUUCUAUUUAA